AUGCCGCCACCAACGCUGAGCAGUAAGCUCACAUCAAUCCAAGGCAUACGCUUAGCGGGAUCCGCGUCGGCCUGGAACAUCGACAUCCACUAUCCAGCCGAUUCCCCGCGCGGCAUCAUCCAGUCUAUCACCCCGCACGAAGCGACAACCCCUGGAGAUGACUCGGUUCCCACGCCACUGGUUCUACCAGCCUUGACACAUCCGCAUAUUCAUCUGGAUAAAGCAUUCGUCCAUAGUGCCUCGCAGUACGCACAUCUUCUGCCGUCUACGGGUACCUUCCAGGAGGCUUUAUCUUUCACCACGGAGGCGAAACAGCAAUUCACCGUGCCUGAUGUACUCCAAAGAGGGGAGUGGCUGCUAGCCGAGUCUGUCUCGGCCGGAGUCACGGCGAUGAGAGCAUUCGUCGAGGUUGACCAUACCGUGAAACUAGUCUGCUUAGAAGCAGCCACCAAACUCCAAGAUCAAUGGAAAGAUGCCUGUGAGAUACAGAUUGUCUGCUUUGCGCAAGAUCCUAUCUUCUCUACCCAACACGGCGAGGAAAAUAUGGAAUUGCUAGAGCAGGCGCUCGCGCGAUACCCGCAGAUCGACGUGAUAGGAACAACCCCCUAUGUGGAAUCAACUAUCGAAGCCGCUAAACGAAACAUCGACUGGGCCGUCGAUCGUGCCCUAGAGCUAAAUAAACACCUUGAUUUCCACCUUGACUAUAAUCUCGACUCGGGCAAGGAAGCUCUAGUAUGGUACGUGUUACAGAGUCUCCAACACCGAGGCUGGACCUCAUCCUCCACGACGAAACGCGUGAUGCUAGGGCAUUGUACUCGACACACACUUUUCACCGACGAAGAGUGGUGUAGAAUCUCCCACAUCAUUCACGAAAAUGAUCUCCCCGUCAGCUUCGUCGGAUUACCCACCAGCGACCUCUACAUGGCCGCAUCGCCCGAUCAAAAAACCUCACACGACCGGCCUAGAGGCACCCUACGAGUCCCCGAGAUGAUUCGCAAACAUGACCUCGACGCCGUGAUGGGCGUUAACAAUGUCGGUAAUGCGUUCACGCCGUGGGGUCCGCCGGAUCCAUUGUUUCUGGCUUGCCUAGGCGUAGGCAUUUAUCAAGCCGGGACGCAGGAUGAUGCGAGACUAUUGUAUGAGUGUGUGUCUACUCGGGCUCGAGCGGCGAUUGGACUCUCGUCGUCGCGUUCGAGUAUCGGAUUGAAAGAGGGCGAUUCUCCUGAUUUCCUGCUGUUUCAUCGUCAGGAUCUUACUGGGUGUCGCGUGGCUCGUCCAUGUGGUACCGUCGCUGAGGUUGUAUGGGAUCCUCCCGCAACGGUGAAUCGAGACGUCGUGGUCGGCGGCCAGCUUAAGCGCUCUGGUUUUCCCUGCUCGCGGGGUGAUUUGGUCUAUAAGUUCUCGAACGAGUAG